CCACAUUCUCGAAAACAUCCGGAUGCCUCAAAUCAGUAUCAACAAACAAAUCUUUGAGCUCUCCCCAGAAAAGAAGGAGUCUUACUGGGCAGCCCUCUGGCCACGCAAAGUUUCCUCGCGUUGUCAUGUUGACGACAUACAAAAGAAGUUCUUGCAGGCACGUCCGGAUGAAGAAGCACUUGCUGAGGCGCAGAGUGAGGAGAUCGGCAGACCUGUCUGGGUGACGAGAUUUGAGGAAAUUGUGCAAGUGCACAAAUCUGUUUCCCCAAAAGAAAUUGAGUUGGAGAUGUCCAAGCGGUGUAAAUGCAAACGACGCCUGCCAAUAAACGAGCACAGAUAUCUUCCAGGUUACUGUAUCGGAACCAACUGGUACAUCAAGUCCAAGGAAGAGCACCCUCCUCAGGAUGUAGCGACCAACAUUCAGCAAAUGUGUCCCUGGCCACCGACCAUGAAUACUCUAGACGGCAAUGCAGGCCAGUCAUCGGGUUCAGGGCAGAUUCCAUCAGCCCUCGGCCAUCAUCCGCAAUCGUCACACCAGGCAGCUGCAGCUGGAUCAAGCCAUCAAUUGACAUAUGAGGAGCAGAUGAUAUUGUUCUCGAGGGAGACUACCAAAUUUAUGAGCUUGUUCCCAAACGAUCAAGGGGUUCCUGAGCCCAUGAACCAUGGAUCUCUUGGUCCGCAAUGUCCGCCGUACAAUCCACUCGACUAUUAUCAAGCAUAUAGUCAGUGUCAGUCCUCUUCAAACGCUGAAGAGUCAUCAGGGCAAGGAAACCCCUCGCAGCAUUACGACCAUACAGCCGACCAACAGCGCGUUCAGGCUCAGAAUGGCCAGCAAUGCAAUGAAUAUUUGCCUGAUUGGUCUCAGUACGGCCAGGAUGAUGGUGACGGCAAUGGUGAUGGGAAUGGCAAGAACAAUCGACCGGGGCCAUAUGUAUAGUGAAAUUGUGCUGGAUGUCACGGACUGACGAAUUCAGUUGCCUCACCAUCUAAGACCCCUGUUGACAUCUCGCGGCUAUUCUUCUGUGCUCAACCACAGUGACCGAUCUGGAUCUCGCCAUCUAGGUCAUGGAACUAUUCCUUCAGCAUCUUCAACAGUUGCUUGCGUUGUUCCGGCUUAACUCUCUUAUUCUCACCGUACCAGCAUGAGACGGCUCUUCGUCUGCAGCUGAUAGAGUGUCUUGCUCGACGCCGUCUACAACUUCGGGGACGAAGGCCCUGUCUCUUACUUUACUGCCCUUAGCUUUU